AUGCCGUGUGCCCUGGAGCUACUCCCCAAUGAGCUCCUAGAUCAGAUCAUCUUCUAUUUAAGCACAGAGCCACCUUCGCUAGGACGACUCCAUCAAGCCCCAGACCGCCAGAUCACCCAAUCUCCAAAUUACUUGAAACCACUUAAACAAUUGUCGCAAUGCUCGUACCACUUACUGGAUCUGGUGCGACCUCGGCUUUUCGCCCAUGCAUGUCUAGAUCUCAAGGAUGAAUCCGUGUUUCAAGCCUUCAUAGUUGCAUCGGAUCUGGGUCGAUACGUGACUUCCCUCGUGGUAAUCGUGGAGAAUACCUCCACUGACUCAGCCGAUCAACACUGGUGGCGACGAGUCCUCCGUUAUCUGGACCCGAUUCGUGUUACAGUGCUUGCGCCACCGACUUUCAUCGGUAACAUGCUGAACACCCGUAUUAUGGACGCCCACAGCUGGGCAUUUGAUAUCUCUCUGCAGAUCCUACAACUGGAGCUUGAUGCUUCAUCCGUAAAUACUUCUCUCGAAUUGAAUGACUGCGAUAGUCUGCUCUUGGCCCGCCCGUGGACAUCCAUGUCCUUUAAUGAAUCAUCCUCUUUGAAAGCAUAUAAUCACUACGAAUAUUUUCUCUCUCGCGUCCCAUCAGUCAUUGGAGAAUGGGGCUCUCAGCUUAAACCACAGGACUUCCCACCAGCCCAUCUAUCGGCCAUGUUAUGUCAUCUCACUUCUUUCUCCUAUACUGCCAUCUUUCCCUUCUACAACCAUGUUAAGCUGGUACUUGACUCCCUUUCGGUAAUGCCGAAACUGCAGGUUUUCAGUGUACAGUUGGCGCCUGAAGAGCACAAUCAUGUUUUGGAGAUGGAGCAGCGGGGGUCUUUAGACCCCAAUGAUCCCUGGACAGAGCUGUCGACUUCGUAUUCUUUGAUUGGCUUUGAGAUCCGCAAUAAACAGUCUUUGGUCGAGUUCCGAAGUCGAGACUUUGCUUUCGAGGCUAUUCGGGAGGAGCUGGCUCGUGAACUUGAUGCGGAUCUUGAACAUACAAAUUGGGUUCCUGAGGGGAAUGGCGUUUGGCGACGCAGGGCAUGA